ACGCGCUGCGCCCGGGUGCACCGCGCGCCGCCGCCGCCGCCGCCGCCGGGGCAUCUCAUAGUGAUAGUGCUCGUUGUGAAGUGUGUGGCUAUAAGAGCCAUUCUAAAGAUCAGUGCCGGUUUGUGAAUUUAACGUGCAAAAACUGUCAUAAAAGGGGACACCUAAAACGUAUGUGCAAACUUCGAGUUAAAAGUAACAACUUCAUGGAAACUGUAGACGGCGACAUUGUUGAAGGUAACGUAGAAUACGAUUUAUUUCAUAUUAAAUGUAAUAAUGGCGAGCCUAUGCGACAAGUCGUAACGAUUGCCGAUCAAAAUAUUAUGUGUGAGAUUGAUAGCGGGAGUGCAGUUUCCGUUUUACCUGAAUCGAUUUAUCAAUCACAUUUUAAAAAUAAUCACAAGUUAAAAAGUUGUCAGGUAGUGUUAAACUGCUAUAAUGGAUCUAAGAUAACACCAGUAGGUUGUUUACAGUUACCAGUAACCUAUGACAAUCGCACUAAGCCAAUUACGGUAUUUGUUAUUUCAACUCUAACAAAACAACCGGUUUUAUUAGGACGGGACUUUAUUAGUGUGUUCGAUUUACAGUUAUGUAAUGUAGAUUGCAACAAUAUACAACAAGAAGAUGACUACGCUACGUUCUUAAAGACGAAAUACUCAAAAUUGUUUUCCGAUGAAUUAGGGAUGUUUAACAAGCAUACUAUUCAAAUAAAAGUAAAACCCGACGCCCAGUUAAAAUUUUUCAAACCACGACCCGUACCUUUAGCUCUUAAGGUGAAAGUGGAAGAUGAGUUGAAGCGUUUAGUCGACCUAGGCAUAUUAGAAAAAGUCGAACAUUCGGAAGUAGCCACGCCUAUAGUUCCGGUAUUACGUCCCGACGGUAACAUACGCAUUUGUGGGGAUUUCUCGGUGACAUUAAACAAAAUGUUAUAUAUGGAUGAUUACCCUUUACCGCGAAUCGACGACUUAUUUUCAAAAUUGCAUGGAGGGGAGCAAUUUUCAAAAUUAGAUUUAUCCAGGGCAUAUAACCAAUUAGUUUUAGACGAAUCUAAACAUUUGACAUGUAUAAACACACACAAGGGUUUAUAUCGCUAUAAUAGAUUGGUAUUUGGUUUACGAAAUGGCCCCUUCAUUUUUCAGAAAACAAUGGAAAAUUUAUUAGGUGACAUAGAUGGCAUUUGUAUAUUUUUAGACGAUAUACUGUGCACUGGAGAAAAUCGUAAAAUACAUUCGGAGAGGUUGGAAAUGGUUUUGAAAAGACUAGAAGAUGCAGGGUUGCGUCUAAAACCAGAUAAGUGCGAGUUAUUUAAAGAUUCGGUUGAGUACUUAGGGUUUGUCAUCGAUAAACACGGGUUGCAUAAGUCCGAUAAGAAAGUAGAAGCAAUUAUUCAGUGUAAAUGCCCGAGCAAUGUAAGUGAGCUAAAAUCGUUCCUCGGUAUGGUGAAUUAUUACAGGUGCUUUGUGCCGAACACAUCGAGUGUAUUAAGUCCCCUUCAUUUAUUGUUACAAAAAGGUGUAAAAUGGGAAUGGGGGGAGGAGCAGAAUAAAGCGUUCUGUAAAAUAAAAAGUGAAUUGGCUUCAGAGCGGGUAUUAGCCCAUUACAACCCGGCGUACGAGACGAUAGUGACGUCAGACGCGGGCCCGGCGGGGCUAGGUGCCGUGCUGGCGCAGCGGCAGCCCGACGGCUCCGAGCGAGUCAUCGCGUACGCAUCGCGCUCGUUAGGCAAAGCGGAGUGUAAUUACGCACAAAUUCAAAAGGAGGCCACUUCUAUUGUGUUCGCUAUAAAGAAGUUUCAUCAUUACCUUUACGGCCGGUCAACACCAUUUACUUUAAGAACGGACCAUAAGCCUCUUUUGACAAUAUUUGGCAGCAAAAAGGGUGUGCCAGAGUUGGCAGCGAACCGGCUUCAAAGAUAUGCCUUAUUUUUAACAGCAUACAAUUUUAAAAUAGAAUAUGUGAAAAGUGAAAACAAUGUUGCCGACUUCUUAUCACGAGCAAUUAGCAAUCACUCGGAAUCUAGCACGAAUACAAAGGAUAGCACUUUAUAUAUAAAUUUUAUAACAGAUGCUAUGUUAAAACCGGUUACAAUGCGAGACAUUCAAUUAGAAACCGCGAAAGACACAGAACUCACAAAGGUUAUCGGAUUCAUAAAAAAUGGUUGGCCGGAAAAGAGUAAUGAUGAAACGAUGAAACCUUAUUUUUUGUGUAGAUUGCAGUUGUCCUUAGAAAACGGAUGCAUAUUACGGGGUCAUAAACUGGUGAUCCCUGUAAAGUUUCGAGAACAAUUGUUAGAUGAGCUACACAGCUCACACUUUGGAGUUGUAAAAACUAAAUCGGAAGCUAGGUCCCGGAUGUGGUGGCCCGACAUCGACCGCCACAUCGAGGAGAAGGUCGGCUCGUGCGGCGCGUGCGCAGCGCUGAGGCCCGCGCCGCCGCGCGCGCCGCUCGCGCCCUGGCCCUACCCCGCCAAACCGUGGCAGCGAAUGCAUCUAGAUAUGUUUACAUUGUACAACAAACAAUUUUUGGUUGCAAUAGAUGCACAUACGAAGUGGGUCGAGUGUUAUUUAAUGGAAAAAACGGAUACUAAAAGCGUUUUAGAUAAAUUAUCUGAAAUAUUUUGUAGGUAUGGCUUGGUGCGAACUUUGGUUACAGACAACGGUUCAAAUUUUGUAUCGAUAGAAUUUGAAGAUUUUUGUAAUAAAAAUGGCAUUCAGCAUUUAACAAGUGCCCCUUACCACCCGGCUUCAAAUGGUCAAGCGGAAAACACUGUUAAGUCUGUUAAGAAAGCAUUAAAAAUAAUUUUAAAACCAACGGACAACCAAAACAUGACGCAAAAGAUUAUAAACAAGUACUUGUUCGAUUACAGAAACUCGGUACACUGUACUACGGGAUUUUCACCGGCUCAGCUCAUGAUUGGUCGUCCGCUGCGAUGUCGUUUCGACUUGUUGCGUGACAAUACUGGCGAGCCUUCCACAAUGUCGCUGUCCACACAGGCUAAACAAAAUGUUUCUUGUCAACAGAUCUUACAAACUAAACAAUAUGGUGGACGACGUCUAAUCCAAUUCAGUGUAGGGGACGCUGUACUGGUAAAACAUGUUUAUAAUAAUGGAAACAAAAGUGUGUGGAAAAACGGUACAAUUAAAAGUAAAAUAGGUACCACAGUUUAUAUGGUAUAUAUUCAUGAUUUAGGUGUAACGGUAAAAAAACAUGUUGAUCAGCUGUUAAUGUAUAGAGGUUGUAAACAAACAGAUGAUUGUAGUUAUGACUCAUUAACUUUUUAUGAUUGUUAUGUACCGAGUGCCGAGUCACCACGCGACGAAUUAACAUCAUCAUCAUCAUCAGGUGCUGACAGUAUCUCUGUAGCAGAGGGGGAGGAGAGUGUUGCAAUUCCAACUGACCAGGCUACUCCUGAUGACGAGCCAUUUGAGGACUGCUCCUCCGAUAAUGAUGGUGCUGUUACUGAGGGCGAACAGGCACAAGGCAAUGUAGGAAAUAGUUAUCCAGUCCGUGCCACAAGAAAUGUUAAUCCUAGAUAUAAGUUUUGAUUAUGUUUCAUAAUUUAAUUAGUUUUAAACUAUUGGUGGAGGGAUUGUAGUGUAGGUAGGUUAAGUAUAAAUACAUGUGGGUAGGUUGUUGACGCCCGGACAUUAAACGUGUACAACAUA